AUGAAGAAUUUUGUUCCAUCCGUGAUAAUUUUUUUAUGGUGGUGUGUUAAUGCCAGUAAAAAUGAAUUGGAAAGUAAAAAUUAUGCUAUUAUACAGCCUCGUUUUGGUAACAUAGUUGUGAAUCAAUCGCAGAAAUUCAACUGCACCUUGACAAAAUGGUACAAAGGUAAUUUUAGCAUUCAGAACAUGAGCUUCAUAGUGGGUUUAAGUGACAGACGACAAAGCUAUACAUUCUCCCAUCCGGAUGUAACUGUCCUGUCUAACGAAACAGCUGAAGUGGUCAUUCCUGGAAGAAUAUUUAGUUUCCAAACGGAAAAUGCAUACAUCUAUUGCAAUAUGCCAGAUACAUCUCAUCGUCAACUGCUCGGAAGGCUAGCGCAGUUCUGGGUGCAUGAUGUCCCUGGCAAACCUCCAUCUCCUGUCUGCAGACUUAACAAGUUGCAAUACGUCUGCUGCUACUGGCCUCGCUUCCUUGAUGCUAAUAUGUAUCUCGAAAGUAGAACACGCGACUAUUUUAAACGUUUCCACUUGGAUUUUUUGCUCAACAGAACAAGAGACGCGCUGGUAGAGAAGAUGUGUUCGAAUGUUUAUCGUUCGUGCGCCUUUAGAAUCGUUAAUGGCAGCGUGGCCGACAACUACACAAGACUGAAUUUGAACAAGUAUGAUGAGAACUGCCAGGAGGAGUUCCAUGAAAGGACGUUUGUCGAGAGAUAUCAUGAAAUGAACGGAAAGAAUAAGAAAUACGACUAUGUCGAUUAUGCCAGAGAAAUUAAAAAUAUAAAUUUUGAUUUACGCUAUGCUCAUGCCGAGGAACCGCUUGUGCAAUUUCAAGAUGAAGAAUUUUGCAGCUCAAUUAAUGUAUCAGCAAACGUGUCUAUAUUCCAUUCUGAUCAUCAUAAGAAAUCUGACGAUGUCUGCUUCAUGUUGUCUGACCUAAUUGUCUGCGAGGAGAUAGAGUGGAUAAAAGCGGAACCAACCUCCAACUUUCCAAUGCCAUCUCCAACGGCGUUUCACUGGUCGAGACCCUACUCGGCCAGCCAUUCGAAUGUGCCCUUCGCUUAUUUCAUCACUCUGCGCAAUAACUUUGACGAGGUAGGUGGUGGCUGA